UGAAGGACGCACAAGCUUAGCCAACCAGCAAUGGCUACUGCCACUUACUUCGCUUGUCUCCUUCUGAUCUCUUCUACCUUAAUGGGUUUUUCUUUUAGUGUCAUCCAGGCACAAAGCAGACCUCCCAUAGUCAAUGGUCUCUCCUGGACAUUCUACCAAACUACUUGUCCUCAACUUGAAGCCAUUAUCAGAAGUGAGCUCCAGCAAGUUUUCGCCACAAACAUUGGCCAAGCUGCUGGGUUGCUUCGUCUUCAGUUCCAUGACUGCUUUGUCCAAGGAUGCGAUGGAUCGAUACUGCUUGAAAGAGGAAGCGAGAGGACCGAAAUUCCUAAUCGGACCUUGAGACCAGAAGCAUUUCAGAUCCUCGAGAAUCUCCGGCAGAUUGUUCACGCACAGUGUGGCCUUGUCGUCUCUUGCUCUGAUAUUCUCACGAUCGCUGCUCGUGAUUCCGUCGUCCUGAGUGGUGGCCCAGACUACGAGGUUCCAUUGGGAAGGCGAGAUGGAGUAACAUUCGCACCAGUAAAUCAAACACUUAUAGAUUUAAUUCCAGCAACUGCCAACGUUAGCACAAUCAUUAGCCAGUUUUCAAGAAAAAACCUGAAUGUUACAGAUGUUGUAGCCCUGUCAGGAGCUCACACCAUAGGCAUCAGCAGUUGCAGCUCAUUCACUAAUCGCCUAUAUCCAACCAUAGAUCCUACAAUGGACCCAGCUUUUGCUGCGUCUCUCAUGCAGAUCUGUCCUUCAUUGGACUCCACUAACGUUGCUGUUCUAGAUGUUCGAUCUCCUAACACUUUUGACAAUCAGUACUAUGCUAAUUUGUUCAGCCGUCAGGGCCUGCUAAACUCGGACCAGAACAUAAGACGAGAUGCCAGAACAUUGGGCUAUGUUACUAGGUUUUUUACUAAUCAAACAUUCUUCUUUCGUAUGUUCGUGGAUUCCAUGGUGAAAAUGGGGCAAGUGGAUGUGUUAACAGGGACACAAGGGGAGAUUCGUGCCAAUUGCUUCAGGAGAAAUUCUGAUAACCUGGAUUUGUUGUCUGUGGCGAAAGAGAAUCUGGGUUCAUCUUCUACAAUGAGAUAAAAGAAGAGUAUUUUAAUACUAGUAGCUGGGAAUUCUUGCUCAUUUUGGCUUGUUGGGGUGGUGUAGUUUGUCACUUGGUUUUGUAACCUGAUUUGUUAACCGAGUUGUCUGCUGUUAAUAAAGUGGUUGGCUUGCUAUUGGAUAAGUGCAAGAAAAUUGUAUUAUAGGCACAUGAUUAU